AUGGCAACUACCAACCGUGCAAGCGUUGUCAGAAAGCAAAAGUGGAGUGCCUUGACAGUCCCCAAGCUCAUAACAACCGAGCUCGUCGAAUCUCUCACGAUCCGGGAAUUCGGCAAUCAUCACCCAGGCAGUUUCACAGGGACGAGUCCGAUUGCUUUCCCCUGUUGGCUGAAGCCCCUUUCGUGGGAGACACAAUCCUUUCCCAGCCCGCAGAUACAAGUUAUGGGGGUGCAUCUGAUAUGAGUCUUCCCAUAGACUCAUUAAAUUGCUGGGGAAAUUGGGACACAUCAAAAUCAACACUUGGCGGCAUCUCAUCAUCACAGGGUACUGGUAUAUCCAGGUCAAACGCCGCUGAUAGCGACUUACAAGCACAACAGCCGUUAACAACGACUGGGGAUUUUAUGAGCGCGCAUGGUGGUUAUGUAACAGCUCAAGAUUCACCAGAAGCCUCUAUUGAUACCGGCGAUGAAGGAAUGGAUGUUCCAAUGGAAUCAGAAAUGAAAAAACUCCUUGAACUUACGCACUCACUCUACGUACAACAGAGGACUUUAGAAUCUGCACCCUGGGAAGAAUAUCUGUCUUCGCUUUCAUUUACCGCUGGACAAAAGCUGGCACAUAACGAAGAUGGCGCAGGCAAAGCAAUUGGAGGUAUUCUCAGCAGCUCCGAGCUCUACCUCAUGAUCAUUACUCAAUUUCUAAUACGGACGGAGGCGCGACAAUCACCCAGUGAAAGAAAUUCUUCCGCGUCUUCGACCUCUGCCGAUGUAUCUUUGAAUGGAAUUGAACCUGGUGGGAAUGCUAAUUGGAGUAUUCAAUCCGUCGUUGAAUCCGAAGGAUCCAAUAUAUUUUCUCGUCACCUUUCGGCCCGCCAUAGCACAUUUACCUCUUCCUCGUCGGGUCACUCUUUCUCUCCUCCUUUGACACGACCACCACCCAAUCAACUCGAUACGCCAACAAUACUUCUGCUUCUAAAUUGUUACAAUCGUCUUAUUCUUAUUUAUGCCACCUUGUUCUCGCGUAUAAGGCAAUAUCUUUCGACCUCAUCACCAUCGUUAUUUUCUGAAGCCUCUAGUCACACACUCGGUGAUCCCAGUACGAAGAGUAAGCCACAAUCACUACAUAUUGGCGGAUUCUCUUUGGGUAGCUAUAGGAGAAUACAGAUCAAUAUAUUGGUUGACAUUAGUAUCCACUUCAUCACCAGGAUACAGCAGGUACUGGGAGUCCCACCCCAACACACUCUACAUGGAGGUGAUUCGGCUGAGAGAAUAGAGCUUAAUGGUAGCCCUGGUACCGAGAGAGGUCUAUUCAAGGUACCUCAAAUGAGAUCGCUGCUAGAAACAUUUCUGGAAACGGUCGGAUUGGAUGACAAAGAAGGGACUCAGGAUAGCGCUUGUAGAGUUACAGAUUUAAAAAGGGAGUUCAGAGAGUUACAAAGAUUGCCCAGGUGGUAG